AUAGUUCGUUGCUAGCCGGAGCAGCUGUUGUUGAAAUUACAAAAUUUACAAACAAUUUCACCCUGAUCAAAGCAAGGGUAAAGUCCUGAAGCCAUGGCAGAAGCAAAUACAGGAGCAGGAUCAAUGGAGGAGCCUGAGAGCAGCUGGUGCCUGAUCGAAAGCGAUCCGGGGGUCUUCACCGAGCUGAUUCGCGGCUUUGGCUGCACGGGCGCCCAGGUGGAGGAGAUCUGGACGUUGGAAGUGGAUGCCUUCCGUCACCUGGAGCCGAUCCAUGGCCUGAUCUUUCUGUUCAAGUGGGUGCAGGACGACAAGCCAGCUGGUCGCGUGGUCCACGAUCGGAGCGACAUCUUCUUUGCCCGUCAGAUGAUCCAGAAUGCCUGUGCCACGCAGGCCCUUCUCAGUCUGCUGCUGAACAUCCGCCAUCCGGACAUCGAUUUGGGCCACACUUUGAACAGUUUCAAGCACUUCUGCCAGGAACUGGACCCGGUAAGCCGCGGGAUCUGCCUGAGCAACGAGGAGAAGAUCCGCACGGUGCACAAUUCCUUUGCCCGACCCGAACUUUUCGAGUUGGACACGCCGGAUGCUCCGUCGGAAGAUGAUGAUGAUGAUGUGUACCACUUUGUGAGCUAUAUGCCAAUAAAGGGCCGGCUGUUCGAGCUGGACGGAAUGCAUGAGGGUCCCAUCGAGCUGGCCGAUAUCGGCCAGGACCAGAACUGGCUGCAAGUGGUGCGGCCCUUUAUCGAGGCGCGCAUGCAGCGCUACAGCGUCGGCGAGAUACACUUCAACUUGAUGGCCCUGGUCUCGGAUCGUCAGCGCUACUACGAGCGCCAGAUCCAGCUGCUCGUCCACCAGCCAUCGCCGCUGAGUCACACCGAGCGACAGGCGGAGAUCGCCAAGCUGAGGACCUUUGUGACGUUGGAGCAGGAGAAGAAGCGCCGCUAUCGCCAGGAGAACCAGCGGCGCCGCCACAACUAUCUGCCCUUCAUCGUCGAGGUGCUGAAGCAGCUGGGCGAGACCGGCCAACUGAUGCCCAUCUAUGAGAAGGCCAAGAAGCAGGCCAAGGAGCAGGCCAACCAGGAGCAGGCGUGCAACAGCCCAAAGAACGAGGCAAACCAGGAGCCGUGAUCUAAAUUUUGAUGUCAACCCAACCACCCACUCCCGUUUUUUUGAUGAACUUUGAAUAAAUGAUUGAUUACCGCCACUUCUGAUCGUUUGAAGGCAGGCACCAAGUAAUCUCUUUUUGCUUUCAUUUAAAAUGUUAAAAAUUUGGAUAUUUGGAUAAACAAUAUGUGUAAAAGAAAACCCAUUUUGAUCAAAA